AUGUACCUGCCUCUGGCCGAUGCCACCGUCAUCACAUUCCUCUCACCAUCGCUCGCUUGCUGGGCGUGCUCAUACUUCAUCAACGAACCGUUCACUAGGAUGGAGCAAAUAGCUGCGUACAUCUCGCUCUUCGGCGUCGUCCUGAUCGCAAGACCCCAAUUCCUCCUCGCCGCCGGCCUGCAAUACGAGAAAUCCUCUCGUGCAACGAAUAUGCUCUACAUGCAGAUGUUCUUUGCGCUUGGUUUCGACAAGUUGAUCUGGGGCACUACGCCGAGUGCCUUAUCCAUUGUUGGGUCGUCGCUCAUCCUGGGUUCGGCUAUAUAUGUCGCUAUGAACAAGGAGGAGCCGAAGAAGGCCCUUGAGCCAAUGGGUAGAGGAGACAGCGAGGAAGAAAGAGGGUUGAUGUCGCCAGUCCUUAACGCCGAAAGAAGAGAUGAUGAGGACGCUGACAUACAGAUGCGACCGCUGAGAUGA